AUGAGGGUGGGAGCGCUGGCUUUCCUGGCUCUGGCCGCCAGCCUCUUUGCCGAGGUGACCGGCGGUCGCAUCUCCGGACGCAGGAAACACAAGGAGGUGUUCCUCGGGGAAAACAGCAAGUUCAAGUUUGGAGGGCGUAUUGACUACAAGCUGAAGAGGCAGGACAGCACCAAAACGCUGCUAAUAAAAAGUGAACAGCUGCUGAGGAUCGAAGAGCAAGACUUUGCCAUGAGACCCGGCUUUGGAGGUGCAGCCAUCCCCGUGGGCAUCGAUGUGCAGGUGGAGAGCAUCGACAGCAUCUCAGAGGUCAACAUGGACUUCACCAUGACUCUGUACCUGAGACACUACUGGAAGGACGAGCGUCUGUCCUUCCCGUCCCGCACCAACCAGAGCAGAACCUUCGACUCUCGACUGGUGAAGAAGAUCUGGGUUCCCGACGUCUUCUUCGUCCACUCCAAACGCUCCUUCAUCCACGACACCACCAUGGAGAACAUCAUGCUGCGAGUUUACCCCGACGGGAACAUCCUCUACAGCGUCAGGGUCACUGUUACAGCUCUCUGCUCGAUGGAUUUCAGCAGCUUCCCUCUGGACACACAGAACUGCUCGCUGGAGCUGGAGAGCUAUGCGUACAAUGAGAACGACCUGAUGCUUUACUGGAAGAACGGGAACGACUCUCUGAGGACGGAUGAAAUCGUCUUGUCUCAGUUCUUCAUUGAACACUUCCAAGCCUCCAGCGGCCUGGCUUUCUACAGCAGCACCGGUUGGUACAAUCGGUUGUUCAUUAACUUCAUCCUGCGGAGGCACAUCUUCUUCUUCAUGCUGCAGACCUACUUCCCCACCAUGCUCAUGGUCGUGCUGUCCUGGGUCUCCUUCUGGAUCGACAGGAGGGCGGUGCCUGCACGAGUCUCUCUGGGUAUAACCACGGUGCUCACCAUGUCCACCAUCAUCACAGGAGUGUCCUCCUCCAUGCCUCAGGUGUCCUAUGUGAAAGCGGUGGACAUCUACCUGUGGACCAGCUUCCUGUUCGUCUUCCUGUCCGUCAUCGAGUACGCGGCGGUGAACUACUGCACCACUCUGGAGGAGAUGAGGAAGAUGAAGAGGGGGAAGAUCCCAUCCACCUUCAACGCCAGCCAGGCGAUGGCCUUCGACGGCUGCUUCCACGACAAUGACAUGGAGCUGACCCCGUUCCCCCGGAUGACCCCCACCCUGACCUCUGACCCUCUCACCACGCCGAGCCUAACCCCCGACAUCCGGCCCACAGGGGGAACUCGCCUCCGCCGGCAGCGCUCGGUGCGAGAGCACGUGGACCUGCUGGUGAGCAACAGCUACAUGAUCGACUCGUACUCCCGCCUGGCCUUCCCUCUGUCCUACCUGCUCUUCAACACCAUCUACUGGUGCCUGUACUCAUGACGCCUGACUCAGGUUCCUCCAGGGGCCCUUCACUGGAUCAACCCUCGACCUCAGGGGCCCCUGCUCCUGCAUCCAGCUCCUGCUUCACUCAUCACUUUCAUUGCAAAAGAGAUUCACAUGCGACCUCUCGAGUCCCUCAGUCGUUAGGAACCUGCUUUUUUUUUAUUAAUCUGUACAUGUGGCUCUUUUUUCUGCAUCAUUUUACUAAGUGUAUUCAAAAGCUUUAUUUUCCCAUAGUUAUUAGACUUAUGUUGAAUGUCUUAGCGACAGGGAAAUACUGAAUUUACAUCAAACGUUUGUGAAAAUGUGCUUUUCUUGAAAAUAUAACU